AUGUUGCCCUUUCUCGCUCCGUACCUUUCGAAUCCACGCCAGUCCCUCUCCCAGAUCCUCAAUUUCGGCCUCGUGCUAUCGACGGCUUUCAUGCUAUGGAAGUCUCUCUCGGUCAUCGCAGACUCUCCGUCACCCAUCGUCGUUGUGCUGAGUGGAUCGAUGGAACCGGCAUUUCAGCGCGGUGAUUUACUGUUUUUAUGGAAUCGAGACCAGACUGCGGAAGUGGGAGAGAUUGUGGUGUACAACGUGAAAGGAAAAGACAUUCCCAUUGUACACCGCAUCGUUCGGAGUCACGCGCCUGCCGUGGCUACAGAAGGGGACAAGAGUGGAAAACUCUCGAAAUCAUCUCCGAAACUCCUCACGAAGGGUGACAAUAACGUCGCCGACGAUACGGAACUCUAUGCACGCGGACAAAGCUACUUGGAUAGAAAAGAUGACAUCGUGGGUAGUGUUCGCGGAUAUGUGCCGGCGGUGGGAUAUGUCACGAUCAUGCUCGGCGAACAUCCAUGGUUGAAAACAGUCAUGUUAGGAAUUAUGGGUUUGAUGGUCAUACUGCAGAGAGAAUGA